AUGGCGUCGAAUCAAUUUAUUGUUGCAUCUCCACCGACAGAUGCCAUUUCCGCCUUGAAGUUCUCGCCCGACCCUAACUCGACACGAGUCGUCGUAUCCUCCUGGGAUAAGAAUGUGUAUCUUUACGAGCUGCGCGACGAAAAUGGGAAUGUAGGAGAAGGCAAGCUAUUACAGAAAUUCGAGCACCGUGCCCCGGUGCUCGAUGUGUGUUUCGGCGCAACCGAGGACGAGAUCUACACGGCCGGUCUUGAUUGGGACGUCAGGAGGAUUGACGUAGCAACAUCAACCCAGACCGUGCUUAGCAGCCAUGAAGCCGGCGUUCGAAGCGUCGUCUACAGCAAGGAACACCAUCUGGUGAUUUCCGCAUCAUGGGACUCCACAUUACACGUACAUCGCGCCGAUGCGCCAGACUCCAUACCCUCGAUUAUCCCUCUUCCCUCCAAGCCUUUCUCUACGUCUCUUACGGCUACAAAGCUGGUCGUCGCAAUGGCCUCACGCGCUUUACAUAUCUACGACCUGAAGGCACUGUCUCUCCUUACGGCUCAGUUGGACGGUACUGCUCCGAAUAAGGUCGAGGUUGAGCCAUGGCAGCGCAGAGAGAGCAGCCUUAAGUUUAUGACCCGGUGCGUGGCAUGUAUGCCUGACGAUGCCGGUUACGCUUCUUCGAGCAUUGAGGGUCGUGUCGCUGUCGAAUGGUUCGAUCCUUCUGCUGAAUCACAAGCACGGAAAUAUGCUUUCAAGUGCCACAGACAAACGGCUGAUGAUGUCGAUGUUGUAUACCCCGUCAAUACACUAGCGUUCCACCCUGUUCAUGGAACCUUUGCAUCUGGAGGUGGCGAUGGUGUCGUUGCUCUUUGGGAUGGUAUUGCGAAGAGGAGAAUUAGGCAGUACCAGAAGUAUCCGUCCAGUGUUGCCGCUGUCGAUUUCAGUGGUAAUGGGAAGUAUUUGGCGAUCGCUAUUAGCCCUGGGUUUGAGGAUGGGAAAGAGGAUGUUGUUGAGGGGGCGGUCAGGAUCUACGUGCGCGAACUUGGUGAGACGGAGGCUAAGGGAAAGGGUGCCAAAUAG